CGUCGACUUAUCUGCAUCCUCACUGGGCUCUUCAGCUGCCUCUCAGUUCAAAAGAAAAAUCUCAGACUUUUCAACAAAUUGGAAACGUUUCAUCCGGUUUAGCUGUGGCUCCUCUUCUGAACAGACACUUUGGGAAAGUCGCAAUAACACCAGGCAGUUCCACACACUGCUCAGUGAAAACUAUCUUGGAGAAGAUCAUCUUUGUGCUCCGGUUUCCUCUAACGUUGUCCCACUGUGAGGUGAAGAGUCCCACUCAGCUGAAGACUGAGGGAAAUGAACAUUAUCAGCAUGCGUGGUUUGGUUGGACACGCUGUCACAAGAUCCCCGGCAAGCCCAGCGGUCUCACCGAGAGCGCGUCAGGGCUCCUGCUAGCAGACAUUAAGGGAUACCACAUCGAGAAAAACAAAGGUUAACUUCAUGAGAGAUCACUAUCUAUGAUGAAGAUAUAGAUCCUUGAAAUAGGACACAGCUUAGUUUUCUGUGGUCAUUCUGAAGCCACUCUGUCCUGCCCCCACCUGUUUCCACAAAGUGUGUCAAGUGUAGAGUUACUGGCGAGAACCAAGAAUGCUUGAACAAAAUAUUCAGUCUCACUGAAAAACAAAGAAAAUCCACGUCUGUUUUAAAGUACUACAGCCUCGGUUUUUCCCCAGACUUUGUUGAUCAUUCGUGAGCCUCCAUGGCGGACUGGAACUUCUUGGGGAAGCUACUGGAGAGUGCCCAGUUUCACUCAACCGUGGUGGGCAAAGUCUGGCUCACGGUGCUGUUCAUCUUCCGCAUCCUGGUCCUCGGAGCCGCUGCUGAGAAAGUGUGGGGAGAUGAGCAAUCCGGCUUUACAUGCGACACCAAGCAGCCCGGUUGCCAAAAUGUCUGCUACGACAAGACCUUCCCCAUAUCUCACACCCGCUUCUGGGUGAUGCAAAUCAUCUUCGUCUCCACGCCCACUCUCAUUUAUCUGGGUCACAUCCUUCACCUUGUCCGCAUGGAAGAAAAGGCGAAGGAGAAACUCAAGGGCCUCGCCAUAAAGAAUGAAAAACAACAAGACUUAAUCAGUAAUAAGCCCACAAAGGCCUCCAUUAAGGAUGACCAAGGCCAUGUGCGUCUGCAUGGUGCUCUUCUGCGGACGUAUGUCUUCAACAUCAUCUUCAAGACUCUCUUUGAAGUGGCAUUCAUCGUAGCUCAGUACUUCCUGUAUGGAUUUGAGUUGAAGCCGAUGUACACCUGUGACCGCUGGCCCUGCCCUAAUGUAGUGAACUGCUACAUCUCUCGACCUACAGAGAAGACCGUCUUCAUCCUUUUCAUGCUGGCAGUAGCUUCAUUGUCCCUGCUGCUAAAUUUGGUGGAAAUGUACCAUUUAGGAUUCAAAAAAUGCCACCAGGGUCUUCGGUACAAAAGGUCAAAGAUGGAAAGGGAAGCUCCCAAGGCCUUAAGUGAGGCAGUGAUACCUUUUGUUCCAAACUACACCUACUUUACAGGUCACUCUCCAGUGCCUGAGCCCUUUCCUGCAAACUCAAAGUACAGCAUAGCAGAGCCAAACUCUGCCUACAGCCCCUAUAACAGCAAAGUAGUCUACAAGCAGAACAGAGACAACAUGGCUGUAGAGAAAAAAGGCCGAUCAGACGGAGAUGAUGCAGAGAAGACAAAAACACCCGGUCCUGUUACUGAUACUCCUGUGGAAAACCAGCGAAGAAACAGUCAGUCCAGCAAGCACAGCAACAACAAGGGUAGGUUGGAUGACCUGAAGAUCUGAGAACUUCACGUUUUCACCCAAGACUCAGGGACUACAGAAAAAAUCCAUCACAGGAUGUGAUGCAUCUUAGACAUCUGUUAGCUCCAGAGAGGUUAGAUUUAACCACUCAGUACAGCAGAAUCCAGGAACAGAAGUACUGGGAUGAAUUUUGAAGGUUUGAGAGUUUACAUGCAAUAUCACCAAUAUUAGACAAAGUGGACAGAAAGAAAAGUUAAUUUUGUAAUUGACUGCAUUUACUACUUUGAUCAAUGAAAUAUUGGUAAUGACAUUAACAAUUGUGUGUUGUAAUUGUAAACUUCAGGGAUCUCUUUAAGAUGUUUCGUUUUUGCAUUACCUACCGACUAUAUCGCUGAGUAAUCCUCAGAUGCAUGCAGAAUCUAUGUAUUGUUUAAUUUGCACUGUUAUGGCAUGAUGAAUGUAUAAAUUGUUAUUGUUGGAGAUUUUCCUGAUAUGUUUACAAUACUGACAAGUUUUAAUGUAAAAUUAAUACUGAGUGUAACAUUUUCAAGAAGCCAUGGUGCUGUUCGUUUACAACUUUAAUAGCAUAUAGUGUCUGUUUUUUGGCUUAAAUGGUUGCUACCUUUAUGUUUCAGGACAGAUUUUUGACAUAUUUGUGUAAAUUUGAUUAGUUCUGCAAUGUUUUUGCCUUGGUAGGUUGCUACUGCAGUUGAAUUCUCUGUUUACAACGGUAUAGCUUUUACAUCACAGAGCACUGCAUUUUUUUUUUUUUUAUAAAAAGUUGCCAGAGUAGAUUCAAAAGUCAUCAAUGGUUUUCUCAUCCUGACCACAGCCAUGCUUACCCCAAAGUUAGCACCAUUGAUUUUUUAAUUUUUUUGGAGUGUAUCAAAUGUUGUUUUUUUUGUUUUUGUUUUUUUAUCAAAGUCUUGUUAAAAUCACACCCUUUUACAAAAACAUCGCAUGCAGAUGUCUUAAAUUUCAAAAGUACAUACCUCUGAACUAGCAGUUUAUAUUAUUUGAUUGUAUUUGCUUUGGACUUAGAGAAUUGUGCCUAUGAUACUUUGAAAAAUAAAUGAUUGUCAAAGGAGUU